CUUGGGGGCAGUUGGUCUCCGAUUAGUGUUCUUUUCAGACGUGGCCCUCGUAGCUUAAAACAGGACCGGAGACUCAAAGCCUCCACAACUUUGCGUCCCGACAUUUGUAUUUAAACGUUCCAACAGCACAACCAAAUAGAGACUUUAGUUUUGUAGGCCGUAGGGACCUCAACUUCCAGAUGCACAGCAAGAGCUUUUGCUGAGCUGACGGUCAUCUGGGAAGUCCCAGAAACACCGACGCACGCUUUACAAGCGCAAGUGCCUCAUGGCAACCGUACAUGAUCUAGAAGGCUUGACAGCAGCGGCACAUCUGUACCGCGAUACAUCUCGAGCAUUUUUUGGCGGGCUGCAGACACACUUCAACGAUCCCCGUCUAUCCGACAUCGUCAUCGUCCGUCCUGAUGGCCGCGCACUUCACGUGCAUCAAGUCGUCCUUGCAUCUUGCUCACGCAAGUUUGCCGUAGUCCUCGCUAACGGCGAUGCCACCGGCAAAGAGCUCCCCAUCCAAGGUGUCGACAGUGGCGCCCUGGAGUCCGUCCUCUCCUUCUUCUACCGCGGCGAGUGCCUGCUGACGCCCGCCAGCGUGGUUGCCAUCUACGACGUCUGCCUCAAGCUGGAGGUGCCGGGGCUGAGUGCCGGUUGCGAGGCCUACAUCCAGCAGUCGCUCAACCCCACCACCUGCGCGCUGUUCCUGGAGGCCGCCGUACAGCUGCUGCUGGAGAGCACCGUCAAGGUGUGCCUCAACUAUGCCAAGACCAGGUUUGACGACGUGGUGUCAACCAACGCCCUCUACUCCCUGAGCGCCGACUCCAUGCGGCUGCUGCUCACGCACGCGCGCGGCGCCGUCAGCGAUGUGAGCCUGGCUCGCGCGCUGGCCCGCUGGGCUGUACGGCGGCCCGACUGCCUGGCGGAGUGCGAGGCGCUGUUCAAGGAACUCAACAUCACUACCAGCGCGCUGCUGCAGCUGCUGCAACCGGACUUUAUGCAAACGCUGCAACAACCGGGCAGGGAGCAGCAGCAGCAGCCGGUGACGGUACCUACGGCAGCAUCCGCGGCGGCAGGAGGGCCUCCUAGGGCCAACAGCGGAAGGACAGGGCUGGUUGGAGGGAAUGACGGGGGCAGCAGUAUCGGCGGGCCUCUGGGGAGUGUGGCGACGCUGUUACCACGUCCGCCUGGGGGCCCGCUGCAUGCAACGCAGGCUGCGCUGCUGCAGCAGCUGCAGUCACAGCAGCAACAGCAGCCGCAGUCCUACCAGUCAGCCCGGCUGCAGUCGCGGCCAGUGGCGGCACAUGAGGGCGGCGCGACGUUGGACCUGCUAGAAGGCAGCGGCGGCGGUGGCGGUGCGGGGGUUCCUCGGAUGCCAGCAUCGUCGCUGCUGCCAUCUGCCCUGGAGAGACGGUUGCAAGGCUGGUCAGUGUCCCCCAUGGAUACGGAGGCGGGGGGAGCCGGGGCUGACGCUGGAGGCAGCGGCGGUGGCGGUGGCAGCCGCACUCUGCAGCAGCAGCUGUCUAUAUCUGGCCGCCGUCCCAUGCAGCAUGCAGAGGGUGCUGCGGCGGGUUCGAUGCCGGAUCGGGACAGUGGGGCCCAGGGUGCGAUGGGCGGGUUGCGUGGCGGCGGCAGCAGUAUCGGCAAGGCAGAGGAUGCGGGAGACGUGAGGCCGCCAGCACGGCGUACGGCUCCGUCGGGUAAGACGCCGCUGCCACCGCAACAGCAACAACAACAGGCUCCGGACGCUGCGGAUGAGACAUCGCUGGUUGGCUCUGCAUCCUCGCCGCAAGGCAUGGGGCCCGAAGAGGGCUUCAUCCCCGUGCCGCUACCCCUCCUGGAGCAAGCGGGUCUGACAGUGCACUUGCUGCCCUCGGGUACCCUGGCUGCCAGCGGCGGGGUGCUGGGGUCGCAGCAGCUGCCGCUGCAGGUGAUGCCGGGACCGGGGCCGCAGACAACGCUGUUGGCUUUGCUGCCGGUUGCGGUCAUUAAGCAGCUUGAGGCGUCAUUGCUUCAACAACAGCAGCAACAACAACAGCACCAGGAACAACAACAGCAGCAUCAGCAAAAACAGAAGCAACAACAGCAGCAACAACAACAGCACCAGGAACAACAACAGCAGCAUCAGCAACAACAACAGAAGCAACAACAGAAGCAACAGCAGCAGCAGCAACAACAACAGAAGCAACAGCAGCAGCAGCAGGAACAACAACAGAAGCAACAACAGCAGCAGCAACAACAACAACAGAAGCAACAACAGCAGCAGCAGCAAAGACAACAACAGGCUGCCGCGGCAUCAAAGGCGCAGGACCAGCAGCGCGCAGCAGCUGGCGAGCAGCAGUCACUCUCGCCAUCUCCGCAGCCAUCACAGCAGCCAUCACAGCAACAGCGGAAACAGCAGCCGCCUGGUGAUGCCAGCAUGGCUGCUGCUGGCGGUGCUGCUGCUGCUGCCGCUGGUGGCUCUGGCAGUGGGACUGGGGCAGCAAAGCAGGGCUCGGAUGCGGAGCUGCCGCCUGGGGCGCAGGGAGCUGCUGCUGCUGCUGCUGCUCCGAGUGGACCCUCGAGCGGAGGGCCGCCGCAGCAGCAGCAACAGCAACAGCAGCACCGCUUGGGUCCCGGCGUGGGCCCCCGGACUGCCUCCCCCAGCGGAGGAGGCAAGGGCGGGGCUCAGGCGGCCCCGGACCUGUCCAUGCUGUCAGCGCUAGCAGCAACCGCAGCAUUAGCAGCCUCUGCGCCCGGCAGUAGCGCCGGCAUGCCAGCUCUGGGACGGCCAGCAGCGGUGGUCAGCAGCCGGGGUCCCGGCGGGGCUGCAGGUGCGUCACCGCUGCCGCCGCAGCAGCUUGCUGCUUCCUCGGACCGUGGAGGCAGCCUGGCUGGGUGGCCUACUCCGCAACAACAACAGCUGCAGCAGCAACAGCAGCAACAACAGCAGCAGCAGCAGUCCUCCAGGGGGGCCAGCAGCAGCCCCCCGAGCUUCUCGCCGGCUGCUCAGCUGGCCUUGGCGGCGCUGACAGCGUAUGCGGACGGCAGCGGUGGUGCCGCGGGCAGCGGGGACGCAGGAGGUGCCGCCAAGCGGCGCCGCGACUCGCCUGAUGAGGAGGAGGACCUGGAUGCGGCGGAGGAGGAGCGGAGCAGCGGGCGGGCCGGAGGCGGGAGUGGCUGGCGUGGGGCCAGGAGCGGUUACGGGGGCGGUCGGCUGACGGACAGCGGCGGAGGCGGUGCGAGUGGCUUGGCGGCGGCGGCGGCGGCGUCUGGGGCGGCUGGCAGCAAGACGACGCUGGUGUGCCACGUGGACGACUGCCAGGCCGACCUCUCCAACCUUAAGGAGUACCACCAGCGCUUCCGCAUUUGCGACUUCCAUCUGAAGGCCGAGGUGGUGAUGCGGGAGGGCGCGCCGCAGCGCUUCUGCCAGCAGUGCGGCCGCUUCCACAACCUUGCGGAGUUUGACGGCCUCAAGCGGAGCUGCAGAGCCAGGCUGCAAAGGCACAACGCAAGGCGGCGCAAGCGGCCGGAGCAGCGAGGAAGCGGUGGUGAUGGUGGAAGCGACGAGCCGCGGAAGCUCUCGCGCUCCACCAGCAGCGGUCUCCCUGCCGGCGAGAUCUACGCCCCGCUGCCGCCGCACCUGCAACCUCGCCACUCCGCACUGCUGUCCCUGGCGCGAGAAGCGACCGCGCUGGACCAGCAGGCCGCGCUGGGUGCCGCUGUUGCCGCGGCCGGCGGUUUGCCGCGGGAGCUUGCCGCCAUGUUGCCCCCGGAUGCGUUACAGCAGCUGCAGCAGCAGCUUGGGGUGCACCCGGAGUUGCUUUUAAUGCAGAAGGAGCAGCAACAGCAGCAACAACAACAGCAGCAGCAACAGCAGCAGCAACUGUUGCAGCGGUUGCAGCAGCAUGGCGACUCAAAGAGAGAUGCGUUGAUGGAUGCGACGCAGCAGGGAACGCCGCUGUCUUUGUUGCAGCUGCCUCCAGAGCUUCAAAAGCAGCUGUUGUUCCUGCAGCAAGCUGGGUUUAGAGACGUUGACUUAAUGCAGCAGCAGCAGCAGCGUGGGGAGGAGGCUGAGCAGGAGGAGGAGGGAGAGGAGGAGACGGAGACCGAAGAUCGCGAAGAGGAGGAUCGACCGGCGGUUAAGCCGGACCCCGAAGGAGAGGGUUCAGCAGCAGCCGGCCGCCGCUCUGAUGCCGCCAUGCACCAGCAGCAGCAGCAGGCGGGGCAGGCUGCUGCUACUUCGGCCCCGCCUGCAAAGGUGGAGUUGGAGUGAGAGGGACUUGAAGCGCGGCAGCAGGAACUUACGAGGAGGCGCGGAGGAGGCAGAUGCAGGGCUGGCAGGAACAGCGGCGGCGGUGCCACCGCGUGCAGCAGCACCCGGACAUGGUGCCGGCUGGGAGCACAACAGCAGGUCGGUAGGAAUGAGGGAGAGCCGGGCGGGGCGGGGCGGGGCAGAGCGGCAGAGGGUGUUGUGAG